AUGUCCAAAGGUUUGAAACUUGAUCAUACUGGUGAUCCACUUCCUGAACCAGAGGUAUAUCAUCGUUUGGUGGGCAGGUUACUCUACCUGGGCCUUACACGCCCUGAUACAUCUUAUGUGGUUCAACACUUAAGCCAGUUUUUACAUCUCCCACGUAAGCCACACUGGGAUGCACUUAUGGCUUUACUUUGGUACCUUAAAGGCUCUCUAGCCAAGGGGCUAUUUUUCCCUGUUAAUGUCCCUCUCCAUAUUUCUACAUAUUGUGACGCAGAUUGGGCCACUUGCCCUAUGACGCGAAAAUCCCUUACGGGAUAUUGUAUUUUCUUAGGGAAAUCUCUUAUCUCCUGGAAGUCAAAAAAACAAACAACAAUUAGUCGAUCCUCUGCUGAGGCUGAUUAUCGUAGUAUGGCGACUACUGUUUGCUGCAGUUUAUAUUUCCGAAAACCCAGUAUUUCACGAAUGAACGAAGCACUUAGAUAUCGAUUGUCACAUUGUCAGACAACGUGUGCUUGA